AUGCCUCGCCACGUCUCGACCGCGGAUGCCACGAUGGAUGAUGCCAUGUCGGCCAAACACAGCCACACACGGCAAGCGAGCAUCCUGUCCAUGCGCCGUUAUUACGCCAAGAACCGCGACAAGGAGCUCCAGCGAUUCAAAGAAUACUACCGGAAGAACAAAGACCGGAUCCGCGCGUACAAGAAGCGCGUGCGAGAGCAGACCAAGUGCGACCUCAAGCACCAGCACGACGCCGCGACACACUCGCCAACACGACGGACCAGCCAACUCCUCCACGACAUUCUGUCCCCGACACAGCCUCCAACCACGACCCACCGCCACACACCGCCGCCGGCAAGCGCCAAGUUCAACCUGGCGUUCUUACUUAACUAA